CUAUUUACGUUUUAAUAACGAGCCUGUAUCACCUGCAUUGUCAGACUCAAGUAAAGGCUCUAAAUUUAAAGAAAUGCUAGACGAAUCUUCUUUUAAAACGUCUUUAGGAUUUAACAUUGAUCAAGAUACAAAAAACAAUCGUACUAGAACCCAAUCAUUUAUAACUAGAUUUAUGUCUAAUGGUCGCCUAUCAAGUCACACUCCCCUAUCACCUAUAUCCACACAUUCCCUCUACGUUCCUUCAAACAAGUCCUCAAAAGAUUCUUUAUCUAUAGGAAAUAGACGCAAAAGUAAAGAAAAUUUGACUGAUUCUGAAAGAGAAAAUCAACCAAGACCACGUCGUGUUUCAAAUCCAAGCACAAAAUCUCAUUUCUUCAAACAUCUUCAUCUGCCUUCUCGUAAAGGUAAAAUUUCCGAAAAUACCGCCCGAACUACGAGUUAUUGGCCGGUAACUGAGGAUCCGAACAAAAGUCCCAGUCGUUUUUUCAGAACUCCGUCAUUAUCCGGUAAACGUCCUAAACUACAUAAAAUUAGAAGUGAUACUGAUUUAAGAAGCUUACGGAAAAUGUGGGCGGAACGUGAUCAAACCUCCCCUUUAUCUGCUCAUGUGGAAUAUGUUUGGGAAGACCCUAUUAGAAUUGAUCCUGUCUCUCCUGUUGAUGAUUGUGAUGAAAGUCUAAGAGAAAGUUUAUUUCGCAAAAUCGUAACAAAGAAAAG